AUGGCGCCCCGAAUCGAACCCCAAGAAAUCGAAACCUACUGGAACAUUUUCUCGACCCGCACCAAUGGAGGGCAGUUCCUCACGGGCGAGAUGGCCGCGCCCGUCCUCAAGAACUCUGGGCUCCGCGACGACCAGCUCGAGCGGGUGUGGGAUCUCGCCGAUGUGGAUAACGACGGCAACCUUGACUUUGAGGAGUUUUGCGUCGCGAUGAGGGUUAUUUUCGAUUUGCUCAACGGGGAGUACGCUGAUGUCCCCAAAGUGCUGCCGGACUGGCUGGUCCCGGAGAGCAAGAGCCAUUUGGUGAGCGCGAACAAGGCGAUUAGGGGACAGGAGCCAAAGAUGGAACGGGUGGAGGAUGAGGAGGAGGAGGAGGGGUUGAAGGACGGAUUUGAUUGGUAUAUGAGCCCGGAGGACAAGAGCAGGUAUGAGGCGGUGUAUAGGGAGGGGAGGGAUAUGAGGGGGGAGAUUAAUUUCGAGGCCCUCAGCGAUCUCUACAACAGCCUGGACGUGCCGGACACAGACGUCCGAUCAGCGUGGAACCUCAUCAACCCCAACGCCUCGCAGACGAUCAACAAGGACGCCUGCCUGGCGUUCUUGCACAUCCUCAACUACCGACACGAGGGCUACCGCAUCCCGCGCACCGUCCCGGCCUCCCUCCGAGCGAGCUUUGAGCGAAAUCAAAUCGACUACCAAGUCGACAACCAAGCCGCCAAGUCGCGGUGGGCCACCAAGGCCGACGACGAGACAUCAACAGGCAGAAAGGCAAAGUUUGGUGACCAAUAUCUCACUCGGUUGGGGAGAAGCGGGUUCACAUCCAAGGGCACGGAUUUCACCACGACGAAAAACAGCGAUGCCGAGUGGGAGGAGGUCAGGCUGAAGAAGCAGCUGCAGGAGCUGGAGGACAAGCUUGCCAGGAUUGAGCAAGGGGUUGAGGCGAGGAAAGGUGGCAAGCGGGACUCCAAGCCAGCGCUGGUCAAGAGGGAGUUGGAGCAACUUUUGGAUUACAAGAGAAAGGAGCUGCGAGACUUGGAAGAAGGCAAGGGGAAGAGCAGGACAGGAAGCAACCUGAAAAGCGUCAGCGAAGACCUCCAGACCGUGAGGGAGCAAGUGGAGGGAUUGGAGUCGCAUUUGAGGUCGAGACAGGAAGUUCUUGAGCAGUUGAGGAGGGAGAUUGAGGAGGAGAAGAUCUCUCGGUGA